GGGGCGGUCCUAGCCGCUCACCGCAAGAAGAAAAGCCACCCGUUCGUCCCCCUCCCCUACCUCCCAUCCUUUGCCCAGGAGCUGCCUUGGCAGUCACGCCCCUUCCUUCCGAGGAGCUUUCUGGCUGCCUAAACUGGUAGACCCCCUGAAUUACUCCUCCAUCUCCGCUCUCUUUCGCCUCCUCUUCUCUUAGUUCUCUCCGCCUCCCCCUCAACUACCACCACCUCCAGUCAGUCUCGCCUCCGGCUAUCCGCUGCUCCACCCUCUGGCCCGGUAUCCUGCCUGUCCGCUGCCACCAAGGAGAGCCCGGACGGAGCAGCGAGGAGGGGAGCAGCCGGGAGUUGGGGCUUCCCCCCUGCCCAUCCCUGGCCGCUGGCCCGGGACCGAAGCCACUUGAGCGAGCAGAGAGUCGUCACCUUGUCUUCUUUGCCUUCAGGGAGCUGCUGAGAAGGACAAAUAAGAUAGCAGAGUGAAAGAGCUUUUGUCUCCUUAGAAGGAAGGCUGAGAAACUAAAGAGUGACCAGUGGUUGGACUCUUGGCGGCGCUUACCCUGAACCUGAGUGUUAGGGGAGAGGGAAUCUGCCGUUGCGGUUUCUGGAGCUGCUCAUAAGCAAGAAUUCCCUAUCCUGAUCAAGGCUUUAAGCCUAAAAGAAAGCAGAAAUAGGUCAAGGGCAGCCCAGGUGCCCAAUUUCUCUCUCUCUUCACAAGGCACCACCAGCAAUAGAGAUGAGAAAUUCUGAAGAACAGCCAAGUGGAGGGACCACGGUAUUGCAGCGUUUGCUACAAGAGCAGCUUCGCUAUGGCAAUCCUAGUGAGAAUCGCAGCCUGCUUGCCAUACACCAGCAAGCCACAGGGAAUGGCCCUCCUUUCCCCAGUGGCAGUGGGAACCCGGGCCCUCAGAGUGAUGUGUUGAGUCCUCAAGACCACCACCAACAGCUUGUGGCUCAUGCUGCUCGACAAGAACCCCAGGGGCAGGAAAUCCAGUCAGAAAACCUCAUCAUGGAGAAGCAGCUGUCUCCUCGAAUGCAAAAUAAUGAAGAACUCCCGACCUAUGAAGAAGCCAAGGUCCAGUCCCAGUACUUUCGGGGCCAACAGCAUGCCAGUGUUGGAGCUGCCUUCUAUGUCACUGGAGUCACCAACCAGAAGAUGAGGACCGAGGGACGCCCAUCAGUUCAGCGGCUCAAUCCUGGAAAGAUGCACCAAGAUGAGGGACUCAGAGACCUUAAGCAAGGGCAUGUCCGUUCCUUGAGUGAACGACUAAUGCAGAUGUCACUGGCCACCAGUGGAGUUAAGGCCCAUCCACCUGUUACCAGUGCUCCCCUCUCCCCACCACAACCCAAUGACCUCUACAAGAAUCCCACAAGUUCCAGUGAAUUCUACAAGGCCCAAGGGCCACUUCCUAACCAGCAUAGCCUGAAGGGCAUGGAACACCGAGGCCCCCCACCAGAAUAUCCCUUCAAGGGCAUGCCACCCCAAUCUGUAGUGUGCAAGCCCCAAGAGCCAGGGCACUUCUAUAGUGAGCAUCGCCUGAACCAGCCAGGGAGAACAGAGGGGCAACUGAUGAGGUAUCAGCAUCCCCCUGAGUAUGGAGCAGCCAGGCCAGCGCAGGACAUCUCAUUGCCAUUGUCAGCCAGGAACUCGCAGCCUCACAGCCCUACUUCUUCUCUGACCUCUGGGGGGUCCUUGCCCUUGCUACAAUCUCCACCAUCCACUAGAUUGUCUCCUGCCCGACACCCCUUGGUCCCAAACCAGGGAGACCAUUCAGCUCACCUGCCUAGGCCGCAGCAGCAUUUCCUUCCUAAUCAGGCUCACCAGGGGGAUCAUUACCGACUCUCCCAACCUGGCCUGAGUCAGCAGCAGCAGCAACAGCAGCAGCAGCACCAUCAUCACCAUCACCACCAACAGCAGCAGCAGCAGCCACAGCAGCAGCCAGGAGAAGCCUAUUCAGCUAUGCCUCGGGCUCAGCCAUCCUCUGCUUCUUAUCAGCCAGUGCCAGCAGACCCUUUUGCCAUUGUUUCCAGAGCCCAGCAGAUGGUUGAGAUCCUCUCAGACGAGAACCGGAACUUGAGGCAAGAGUUGGAAGGAUGCUAUGAGAAGGUGGCAAGACUGCAGAAGGUGGAGACAGAAAUCCAGCGCGUCUCGGAGGCAUAUGAGAACCUCGUGAAGUCAUCCUCCAAAAGAGAGGCCCUAGAGAAAGCCAUGAGAAACAAGCUAGAGGGCGAGAUUCGGAGGAUGCAUGAUUUCAACAGGGAUCUGAGAGAGCGUCUAGAGACUGCCAACAAGCAGCUUGCAGAGAAGGAAUAUGAGGGGUCAGAGGACACCAGAAAAACCAUCUCGCAGCUCUUUGCAAAAAAUAAAGAAAGCCAGCGUGAGAAGGAGAAGCUGGAAGCGGAGCUGGCCACUGCCCGUUCUACCAAUGAGGACCAAAGACGACACAUCGAAAUCCGAGAUCAGGCCCUGAGUAAUGCCCAGGCCAAGGUGGUAAAGCUGGAAGAAGAGCUGAAAAAGAAGCAAGUGUACGUUGACAAAGUGGAGAAGAUGCAGCAGGCCCUUGUACAGCUCCAGGCAGCAUGUGAAAAACGUGAGCAGCUAGAGCACCGUCUCCGGACACGACUGGAGAGGGAACUGGAAUCCCUGAGAAUCCAGCAGCGUCAGGGCAACUGUCAGCCCACCAACGUUUCAGAAUACAAUGCCGCUGCGCUGAUGGAGCUCCUUCGGGAGAAAGAGGAGAGGAUUCUGGCUCUGGAAGCUGAUAUGACAAAGUGGGAGCAGAAAUAUUUGGAGGAGAAUGUGAUGAGACAUUUUGCUCUGGAUGCUGCUGCAACCGUGGCUGCUCAGAGGGACACAACAGUCAUCAGUCACUCUCCUAACACCAGCUAUGACACAGCUCUAGAAGCUCGCAUCCAGAAAGAGGAGGAAGAAAUCUUGAUGGCCAAUAAGCGUUGCCUUGACAUGGAGGGCAGGAUUAAGACCCUCCAUGCCCAGAUUAUUGAGAAGGAUGCCAUGAUCAAAGUACUCCAGCAGCGUUCCCGGAAGGAGCCGAGCAAGACAGAGCAGCUGUCGUGCAUGCGGCCAGCGAAGUCUCUGAUGUCCAUUUCCAAUGCUGGAUCAGGCUUGCUCUCCCACUCAUCCACCCUGACUGGCUCCCCCAUCAUGGAAGAAAAGCGAGACGACAAGAGCUGGAAGGGGAGCCUAGGCAUUCUCCUGGGUGGAGACUACCGUGCUGAAUAUGUCCCUUCCACACCCUCGCCUGUGCCCCCCUCGACUCCCCUGCUCUCGGCUCACUCCAAGACAGGCAGCCGAGACUGCAGUACCCAAACUGAACGUGGGACGGAAUCGAACAAAACUGCAGCUGUUGCUCCCAUCUCUGUUCCUGCUCCAGUUGCUGCUGCCGCCACUGCUGCCGCCAUCACUGCCACUGCUGCCACCAUCACCACCACCAUGGUAGCUGCUGCUCCAGUUGCUGCUGCUGCUGCUGCUGCUCCAGCUGCUGCUGCUGCUGCUGCUGCUCCAGCUGCUGCUGCUGCUGCUGCUGCUGCUGCUGCUGCUGCUGCCCCGUCUCCAGCCACUGCCGCUGCUACUGCUGCUGCUGUUUCUCCAGCUGCUGCUGGUCAGAUUCCAGCUGCUGCCUCUGUUGCCUCAGCUGCUGCCGUUGCUCCUGCUGCUGCUGCUGCUGCUGCUGUUCAGGUUGCUCCAGCUGCUCCGGCUCCAGUUCCAGCUCCGGCUCUGGUUCCGGUUCCAGCUCCAGCAGCGGCUCAGGCUUCUGCUCCUGCUCAGACUCAGGCACCAACUUCAGCUCCGGCUGUGGCUCCAACUCCAGCUCCAACUCCAACUCCAGCUGUGGCUCAGGCUGAGGUUCCUGCAAGUCCAGCUACCGGUCCUGGACCACAUCGUUUGUCUAUACCAAGUUUGACCUGCAAUCCAGACAAAACAGAUGGGCCUGUGUUCCACUCCAAUACUCUGGAAAGAAAAACUCCCAUUCAGAUCCUGGGACAAGAGCCUGAUGCAGAGAUGGUGGAAUAUCUCAUCUAAACGGCCAAAUCAAGAGCUGCAGAUUAUCAGCAAAAAUGCUUUUAAUCAUUUUCCCCCUUUUAUUGGUUCUUGUUUUGAGGGUGAGGACAAGGGUUGUGGGGAGGGGAUGUUUUUUAACAGGACUUUUUAUUGGAACAAUGUACUACUUGAGUAAUACCAUGUGAACACCAGUCUAUUUUGGUAUGCUUAGGGAGUACCUCUAAAGACAGAUUAAUCAGAAUGUGCUCUAAAGCUUAUUGUUUGAAUUUAUAUGAAUACUGGGACUGUUAACAGGUGGCUAUACAUCGAUGUUUUCAAUGUGCUUAAAUUUGUUUAAAUUUUCCAUAUUCUAGAUCAUUUUUUAUUGAAGAGCACAGUAUGUGUGGAAGACAGUGUAUAACACGUAGUUUGGAAGUGGGAAGCUAGAGAGAAUUGAGUGUGUGCUGUUUUGUAUAGUUACUAUCCUGUGCAGCAGCUGGAGAAAGCGCUCACCUCAGGCUUACAAAAGGGAAUAGUUUCAGGAGCUAUGUAAGCUGGAAAAAAGGUAGGGAGUUUUGGGGUGCAGAAGGGUACUGGAGCUAAUUUUUUCUUCCAGUUUCCCAGCUACCCUGCCCCAGGGAAUUGUGUUUGUCUUCAUUUCAGUGGUGCUUUGGAAAUGGAUUCUUUUGGUUCCCUCCUGGAGGUUCAUACAUUCAUAUAUAUGCUCUGGAAUAAUUUAUGCAUUUGGAUAAUUAAUAUAUUGCUUUCAGAUGCUGGGAGAGUACAUUAACUGAGUGAUGCGCAACUUCCUCUCUCUUAGGGAAUUAGACCAUCAGAGGCUUUGAUGGAGAGUUGCAUGGGGUGCUAUAUGCAGACUUCCAUGGUUUGUGUGUAGCCAUGAACACAGCUUGCUUGCAUUUAGUAAGACCAAUCAGCUUAGUGUUUAUUUCUUCUACAGCACAGAUUCACUGGCUGGGUCUCCAGUCUCAAAUUGCCAAUCAUUUGCAAAGUGAGGAAGGAUCUUUGUUGACAGGUUGAAUGCUUUGAAUUUCUGGUGACUACUUUGAAAUAACUUGUUUUGUUUGUCAAAUUCUAAGCAUAUGUCUUAAAAGGCGUUUUUGACUAUCACCUCCAAGGGAAUAGCAUGAGAAACCCAAAGUACUAUGCUGCAGUCGGGGGAGAGGUGGAUUGCAGCAGUAUCCUCAACUACCUCUUCUCACUGUCAGUGACACCAUCUUGGAAUACCUUUGGGAAGCAGCAGGAAAUGUGCAUGUGGGUAGAGAUCAAAGGAGGCAAUGGCUCCAAGCCUUGCCAUAGGGCUGCCUCCAAGGACACAGAAGGAUGCCAGUUGCCACAGGUCCCUGCCCUGUGUCACCUGUCUGCCCUUCAUUAAGGUGAGAAAUCUGCAGAUAGCAUCAUUAAGAUCAGUUUUAAGGGGUAUAGGGAGGGUGAGGGAAGUGGGGGGUGUUAGGUAAGGGUUGGGGGUAGAGGUUUUGGGAUGUCUUAGUUAGAAACCAGAUUAAUAGAAGAGUAGGCCUGAUAUAUUACAUCAUGAGCCAUAGUGGUGGGAAAGAACUUUAGCAAUAUAGCCCUACCCCCUCAUUUUAGUGAUGAGGAAUCUGAGAACUGGAGAGGUUCAGUGACUUUUUGAAAGUCAUACAACACAGCUAACCAUUAUGCCAAUCACCAUGCUUAUUUUGGGAAACUCUUUAUCUUUUUUAAAUUCCAUUUUAUGAAAAGGCAUCUUCAUGGUCCAGGAAAUAUGUAUCUUGUAAAAUGUACCUGGUUGGAGUAGCUUGUCCAGUCUUGACAAACUACUGAAUUUCUGUCUUGCCUCUCCUUCAGUGCCUUUUAAAAGGUUUUCCCUUUUCUGAUCUGCAUUUCAACAUAGAGUCACAUAAAUGUCCCCCUGAGAAACCAAUCCCACUUCUUUCUAGGAGAUUGGGUAUCUUAGAUAAUCUUUUGGGGUUCCUCUGUGAGUAUAGGAAUGGUAUCUUUCCUAAUUAUCUUCCAAAGGAAUUAUUUUGUGUGUGUGCGUGUGUGUGUGUAGAGACAUAAAGGAGGGUGAUGUGAUUUUCAGCUAGUCCUUUCACAUUUUCAAUAAUGAGGUAAUCAUGUUACAUACACAUUAGUCCUCAGUUAUAAAGUGAAUCUCAGAUAGAAAUUAAAAGUGCAGUUGUGUUAAGACUCUUUCAUACUACCCUUUAGUCAUAAGGAGAAAAAAACACUCAAAUAGUAGAAGCAGCAAGUAGCAAACUUCAGGAGAGCUACUUUCUAUCCAAAUAAUUUAAAAAACACUUUUCACCUACUCCUUUCAUGGUUAUAACACAUUGGCAGACUUUUUGCUGGCUCUGGGAGCCAUGAUUUUAAUCACAUUCUGCAAGGUGACAAAUGUCAUACAUUCCACAUUGUGUGGUAGCCAUCUCUUUAGACUCAUGUGUUUUGGGGAAAGGAAGAAGUUCUUGGCUGAGUACUAUUUUGAACUUUCCAGAACCCUCUCACACCAGAGACAGUUCCUCUCUGUUCGGUUUCCAAUCCCCGAUAAUUUGCUAAAAUAACAUUGUACAUCCAAGAGAGGGAAGAAGAGUAUGUCAGUAUAUUAUGCAGAAGAUAGAUACAGCCUUUUCAGAAGAUCUUCACUAGUUUUUGUACCAAAAAUUCAAGUUUAUGGGAGAAAUCUCAAUUAGCCACCUUUUCACAGUUGUGUGGAUAUAACAUUUGGGGGAUCUUUCUGGACUCCUACCUAUCUGUGCAUUUUACCGGCACCUCAGGAAAGGAGGGUGACCAGGUUGUCUUAGCUUGUACUGCUUGGUGAUCUCUGAGGACCUUCUAAUUCAGUUGUACCCCAGUGUUCCAUGUAUAGAAAAACUUCAUUAGAACAAACUUUACUUGAUAUGAAACUCCUAUUAACAGUCUUUUUUUGAAAUAAAAAGUAGCUUGAGCUUUCUUUUAAAAUCAUGUAUCUUGAUUGUUGAUUUAAUGAAGGAUUUCCUUUUAAUGCUGCUUUUGAGCUUCAAGGUAAUAGGACAGCAGGAACCUAAAAUAUCUGCCAUCAACUGCCAUAGGAAAGAUACCCAGAGACCCAUCAUGUUCUCUUUUUGUUGUUACACUGUUGGGUGGGUAUAACAAUUGGAAAAUGAACAAACUGAUUGAUUGUGCAAACUACUUUUUAUGACAAGCCUAAACCCUCAUAAUGCGGCAGCUUAAAGUGUAUACAUAUGCACUAACUUUGAUCAAUUAUAUUCUCAUAUCUGUUAGCUACACAGUCUCCUAUUAUCUCAAUUGCUUAUGCGCAUAUGGAAUAUGUUACUUAAAACGUGUGCAUUCUUACUGAAAAUGUUUUCAAAGGAAGGUAUCAGCUGUGGGCUAAUUGCCACCAAUUUCAGCCUGCCACGAUUCUUGGAAAUAUGUCUUCCAAGUGCCAUCCAUCAUCAGUAGGACAAGUGUCGGGAGUUUGUUUAUUUUUUUCCAGUAGCAACGAUGGGUUACAUGGAGCCAUGAAACCUCCUUCUGGCCUCCCUUGUGAUUAAUGGCAUGUGUUUGUAAAAUGGAUAGCUGGGGUUGGCAGAUGGCUAGAGAAGAAUCGCCUUUGGUUUAAAAUGUAUGUGGUCCCCUAAUGAUUGUGACCCCAUUCUGUAAUCAACUGAGCUAGUUCCAAUAAAGUUAAGCAGGUUUAAAUCCACUUUGUGCCUAUCUUUUCACUGACAAUAAAGUUAGCUAUUUUAAAAUGCA